AUGGAGCACUGCCUGUCCCUGCUGCUGGUGCUGGCCCUGGGGUCCCUCGGGGCAGGCCACAUGUUCAAGGCCGAGAUCAUCGGGGGUCGAGAGGCUGCCCCCCACUCCCGGCCGUACAUGGCCUCACUGCAGAAGGCUGGCAGCCACAUAUGCGGGGGAGUCCUUGUGCACUCACAGUGGGUGCUGACAGCCGCCCACUGCCUGAACAAGACGGCGAAGCUCCUGACACUGGUGUUGGGUCUGCACACCCUGGACGACCCCAAUGACCCCGGCCUCCGCUUCCACCUCAAGAAGACCGUCCUCCACCCAGACUACAAGAAGCCCCCCAAGCUGGAGAAUGACCUUGCACUGCUUAAGCUGGAAGGCAAGGUGAAGCCCACCAAGACCAUCCGGCCCCUGCCCCUGCCAGGAGGGAAGCAGAAGGUGCUGGCCGGGGCACGGUGCAGCAUUCCUGGCUGGGGGCAGACCCACCACGAUGGGCAGCCGGCCCGGAGGCUGAGGGAGCUGGAUGUGCACGUGCUGGAUGCCAGGAUGUGCAACAACAGCCGCUUCUGGAAUGGUAGUAUCAACGCUCACAUGGUCUGCUUCUCAGCAGAGGUCCAGCACCAGGGCCCCUGCAUGGGCGACUCGGGUGGGCCCCUGGUGUGUGGCAAAGGCUUUGUGGCUGGGAUCCUGUCCUUCAGCUCCAAGGCCUGCACCGACGUUUUCAAGCCACCCGUGGCCACCGCCGUGGCCCCCUACGUGUCCUGGAUCAAGAAGACCAUCCGCCGCGGGCGGUCCCUGCCGCGGGCCUGACGCUGGGGGGAGAGGUGACCCAGACUCCCCUCCCUCGGUGGGACCCUUCCCCUCAGGGCUGUGGGGAGGGACAGGUGAGGGGUGACGAGGGCCCUGGCCAAGUCUUGGAAGACCAAUAA